AUGAAACUUUUCGUCUUCCUUGUCCAAUUUGCCUCAAUCCUGGUGCCCUUCGCUUCCCUCAACUUGUUGUUGCAUACCAUGACGUUUCUAUACUUCCUCAAAUUCCUCGCCUCAGCUACAGCGGAGUAUCAGCCAGCGCGGAUGGUCCUUGAACUGCCCGACGGAAUCAAGACCAUCAGAUUACUUCUCUGCAGACUGAUCAUGUUCACCCUCAAAAUUUACCUGAGUUUGUGGCUCCACGAGAAAGCAAGAGAAUAUGAUUUCGCUGGCCGAAAUACAUACGCCUUUGAGAGACUCGGCCUUGCCGUUCGAAACAGUGCGUCAGAAGUUCAUCAUCCUGGGCGAGCAACACCCUUCAGCGACGCCAUUGUCCUGUCUCAACAUAUCACUGACCUGGAAGAGAACAACAACGACAACGACAACUUCUCUGAAUUCGAGGGAGCACGUACUCCAUCUCCUACCAUGGCGAAAUCGGGACAGAUCCCUGAUGUUUUCAGCUCUGUGGUACAUUGGGUCACCCCUGCGGAUGAGACCAACAAUACAUCGCUUUUGGGUGAUAGGCGAGACGAAGAGUGCAUAUCUAGUGUGAUUUCGGUGCCAGCAGGUUCGGGAUGGAAUGAUGGUUCUGAGAGCGGACUUUGCAAUACUACUUGCAUACGGCGGUUUCUUGAGGAGCUUGUCUUGCUCAUUCUGUCCAUUCUCUUGGAAAUUGUGUCCCAUGAUGCAUAUUCCCGGGAUCGACAGGCUUUCACAGUCUACGAGGACCAAGUAAACAUGCACAUGAGCAAGAUUGUGGAGGAGCUUGGAAAUUGCUUGUUUGACGACGCCGUCGAUGAGGGUGAGAAAGGUUUCUAUUGGGACUGGGAUCAAGAGCAAGGCAAGGAUGCAGAUCAAGACGACGAUGAAGAUGACGGAUACUUUGCAGACGACGAAGGCGAGGAGGAAGACGACAUCAAGAACGCUCCACGAAAGAGAAAAGUCCAGAACAAGGUAGAUGAGUGGCGAACCAAGAACGCACAACCAAGACAACAACAAGAAACCGCGGUUCCAGACCCAGAUGCAGACGCAGCCUACAACCGAGAUUCUCCGCUUGGAAGAUCCAGCGAUGGAAUUGUCCUGUAUUUCCAGAACCUGAUCACACGAGACCGUCUCAAGUCGACCGGCGAGGACAUGAUUGCCAGCCAGGAGGAGGGAAGAAAGGGAAAGGAAGAGCGUUGCAGCAUGGAUAUCAAGCACGAGACAGCCACCAACACCGGCAUCAUCAAUGAUGACGACAAUGACGACGGUGACGGCGACGAUGAUGGAGAAGACAAGUUCGCCACCGUCGAAGAUGACAAGGUCGCCAACGUCAUGGAUGACAACCUCUCCACCGCCGAAGAUGACACAUGCGAGUCUGACAGUGAGGUCGACGUCCAGGUCGGGAUUGACCCAUUGUCCCUGGCACGCUGGUUGGCUGCUCUCCCAGAUCCGAAGCCGCAGAGACUCGAAUGCGGAUGCAGAUGCAGAUGCAGACAUCGCCGCAAUGCAUGGGACUGGACGAACAUGUAG